GAGAUACGUAUAUACAAGAAAAAAGUAUUUGAAUAAAGUUGGCUUGCUUGUUCUAUACGAGCGAGUAUAAUGUAUAAAAACACGUGGCAGAACUUGAGAAAAGUUAAUGAUGCUUUUGAACUUGAACCAGAAAUUAUUCAUAGAACACAGUGUUCCAGCAGAAUUAACUUUCUACACAUGGCAUUCGAUUGCCAUGAAGAACAUCUUGUUGCAGUAGAUACAGCAGGGUAUUUAUAUUAUGUGGACCUAAAUAAUUCUCCAUCCUAUCGGAAGUUAGGAAACAUUGGACAAGCAACAUUUGUGGCAUUUAAUCCUAUAAAUAAAUUUGAAAUAUUAAUUGGCCUUGCUACAGCUGAUAUAAAAAUUGUAGGGAUAAAUGCAAACAUUAGCCAAUUCUGUUUAUUGACUGCUCAUAAAUUACCACCUAUGCAUGUCUCUUUUCAUAAAGAAUAUUGUUUAACAUGUUCACGAAAAGAGGUCAUAAUAUGGUGUCUACGUUCCUGUAGUAUGGGUCAGCAGUUAAGAGUCAAUGCAAAAAAUGCUGCAAUAAAGAAGGCAAGCUUCUCAAACCAGGGACACAUUGUUGUUUUAUACCAUAAUGAUACUUUACAAGCAUGGAACUUUAAACAGUUGAAAAAUGACGUUAAAAUAGAUGCAAAAACAUUUGGUAUUAGGAACAUUAAGAAUUUUAUUUUUACUCAAAAUGGAAGAGCAAUGAUCAUGACUGGUAUCCAAAAUAAGAUUGUUAUACUGAAUACAUGCGAAUGGAAUUUACUGAAAACUUUUCAUUUACCAGACAACAUUAUUGGAGUGAAGCAGUUGUCACUUGUACCAUCGCCUCUGGAUGGUGGAGCAAAUAACACAUUGGUAUGCAUUUCAUCUAAUUGCUCUCUUUAUAUUUUUGAUCUGAAUCAAGCUUGUAUUAUUCAUACUCUGCAACCUAUCAAGCCUGUAAAAAAGAUUGUAGUCUCUAUAACUGGCAGAUAUAUAGCAAUAGUAGAACUUGAAGGACAUCUAAAGUUAAUGUUAGUUGAAAAAUUAUUCAUGGAAAAAUGUGAACCCGUAAAGAAGUUAAAUGAACCGUGUAGACCAGUCGCACAUGGAAUACCUGAUCAUUUGCAAUGCGUCAGACAACUCAUGAAACAAGAAUUGCAUUUGCAAAGACUGAUACCCAUCUUGAAAGAGUUCGAGGAAUAUCCGGAAAAAUAUCGUGCACUGAUAUGGUCAACUAUUUUAGAGUUACCAGGCAAUAGGAGUGCAUACUGUGCACUAGCUAACAAAGUCAUAAAUGUACGUGUUACUUCAGACCUUUUAAAAGAUUACCCAUUAGCAAACAGAAGUAAAAAAAUAAUGUUGAUGACAACAAUGAAUUGCUUGAUACAGUGGUGUCCCUUAUUGUCUCAAUGUUCGUUUUUACCACACCUUGUUUUUCCAUUUCUUAUGGUCUUCCAGAAGGAUCCCCUCCUAGGCUUUGAACUUAUUAUAAGUAUAUUAUUAAAUUAUUGCCAAAAAUGGUUUGAAUAUUAUCCUUUGCCACCUUUAAAUGUGUUAGGUAUAAUAGAAAAUAUCCUCCUACAAGCUGAUCCAGCCUUGUUAAAUGUUUUCUGUGAAAGAGGAAUAACAUCCAGUGAAUAUGCAUGGCCACUUUUAAAAACUGUAAUGAGCGAAGUCUUAUGUGGUCCCGAAUGGCUAAUUUUAUGGGACCAUUUAAUAUCUUAUAAAAAUCCAUUGCUCCUUUUAACGAGUGUUGUUGCGUACAGCAUUUGUUCUCGUGAAAUUAUAAUUUCCUCAUUGCAUUCUGCCGAACGUUUUAAACGGUACUAUAGUAGUCAAGGCCAUAUUACUGCAAAGGAAUUGCUUAAAGUUGCUCAAAGACUUGAUAAAGAAACACCACUGAGAUCACAUCCUAGUCACUAUCUUAGAAAUGAGUUAAUUCCAUUGCCCACCAAAGGACCAUAUCUACCAUUUUUGUUAAAUGAUUUUCCAAAAUUCCUGACCGAUGAAGUAUCUGUUUUGGAAUUGGAAAAACUGAAAGAAACGGAACGGUCCGUGCGGGAACAUAAUCAUAAGACCAUGAAAGUCGCAGAAGAAAAAAGAUUGAAACAUGAAGCUAAAGCAUUUAUGAAUCAAAUUCAUCAAGAAAGACUGAAUGAAGUAGAAAGAUGUAUCAAAGAACAGUUGUCUGAUGUGGACUGGAGACUUGGAAGAGCAACAACACACAAACCGGAAAUGCAACACGUUCAUGAUAUUCCAGAAGUAAACAUAGAUGAUUCGAGUGAUGAGGACAUUCUAGAUUCUAGAAAUGACAAAUCAAAACAUUAUAAACAACUACAACAAAAUGUAGAUAAACUGGAAUAUGAAGUACACAGUCUUUUGAAUUCUAUAAGAUCUCAAAAAUCAAGAGUAGAAUGUACUUGA